AUGAGCCCUCCUCCGCGAAGAACGAAUCGGCGCUGGCUUUCUUGUGACAGUGAUGAAGAGGACGAUGAGCCUGGCGCUCGGACCGCAACUGUUGUACGACAGCGACAGCGACAAGAGCUCGACACAGCUCGAGUGCAGGCGCAGCGCCACCAAUCGCUCCAACGUCGCGCCUGGGAAGGGCAACAUCUUUCCGGCGACUACGACCACAAAGAGAACGACACACAGCUGCGGUCUCGAGGCCGCAUGGGAGCAGCUCCCAGGCCCAGCUUUGAAUACGACUUGCAAACCCAGGAGCUGUCAGCCAACAACGCUGUGGCAGCCAAUCUAUCUCGCCGUCGACCGCAAGACUGCCCCCCUGCAACUCAACGUGCUCGUUUGUCUCAUGACCCCCAUGAGGGCCUGGUUGGCCGCGCUGCCUCGACCACCCAUGCCGCAGUCGCUGCCGCAUCUGAAACGGGACGGCGAAUUCAGACGGAUGUUGCGUUUGCUUCGGCGCUCCGCGCAGAAUAUGGCUGGGAAAUAGUGCCCAUGGUGGGCGAUGGAGCCUGCUUGUUUCGCGCUGUGGAGACCUCUUCAUUCACCGGACUGUUGCGUGUUUCCUGCAUCUGGAAUCAUCAGCGGCGCAAUCGCGACCACUUUCAGGCAUUCGUGACCACAGAUUUCGAUGCCUACCUCGAGCACAAGGCUCGACCAACCACACAUGGUAAUCACGUUGAAAUCCAAGCCAUGUCUGAGAUCUACAAUCGCCGCAUCGAAGUGUACUCCUAUGAUACGCAUCCCAUCAACAUUUUUCAAGGCAGCAGCCACAGCGAGGCACCCAUUCGCUUAAGCUACCAUGGUCAAGUUCACUACAAUGCCAUCAAUGACCCGCAGCAUCCCAGCUUUGGCAUCGGCUUGGGCCUGCCCGGACUGCGCACGCUGGUGAGUACAACCCAAAACGCAGGCAGCAUAUGCUGA